UCAAUCUAGCAUCAUGACGAUCAUUGAAACAUUUCCUGACGACUUUAGUAUUGAUACUAUUAUUAUGAUGUAUCCUAGCCUAGGGCUGAGCGGUAUAAAACAGGGAGGGCAGAACAAUUUCGGCUAUUAUUAAAAAAAUAGCAGCUAACUCUGCUAGCAUCGGAACAGUAGCUGAUCGUGAAGAUGGCCAAGGAGUUAUCUCUAAAGGACAUUAACAACGCCAAGGGAGAGUUUGUGCGAGUGGCGACAUCGUUUCACAAUUUCAUUCGUGCUGAUCCUCAGGCUGAGUUUCCUGCCGAGGCGGGACGUUAUCACCUGUACCUUUCCUUGGCCUGCCCAUGGGCGUCCAGAACAUACUUUCUUUUGAAAGCCAAAGGCCUGGAGAAGGUGAUCAGCAAGAGUGUGGUCCACUGGAGAAUGUCUGGAGACCGGGGCUGGGAAUUUAUUCCUGGAAAGUACCGCUGUGAUGCGGACACUGUGUUGGGAAAAGAGACGAUGCGAGAAAUUUAUCAAACGUCUGAUCCCGGGUACUCGGGUCGCGUGACCGUCCCUGUGUUGUUUGAUAAGAAGACGAAGAAGAUCGUCAACAACGAAUCGUCCGAGAUCAUCCGCAUGCUAAACACGGAGUUUAAUGAGUUUUGUGAGACGAGCGAGCAGAGAAAGCUGGAUCUGUACCCCGAAGAGCUGCGCAGCACCAUUGAGAAAUGGAACGAUUUCUGCUAUCCAAACGUGAACAACGGAGUGUACAAGAGUGGGUUUGCCACGUCUCAAGAAGCAUACGAUGCAGCAGUGGCACAGCUGUUUGAUGCGUUGGACACACUGGAGGACCACUUGAGUAAGAACAGAUACUUGGCUGGCAGUACGUUUACGGAGGCCGACAUUCGUCUGUUUGUCACGCUCGUGCGCUUCGAUAUGGUCUACGUGGGUCACUUCAAAUGCAACAAGCGUCGCAUUGUCGAUUAUCCAAACCUUUGGGCAUACACACGUGAGCUGUAUCAAAUGCCUGGCGUGGACGAGACGGUGGAUCGGUUUCACAUCGAGCAUCACUAUCAGGAGUCGCAUCCUUCCGUCAACCCACACGGAAUUGUGGCCAUUGGCCCACAGCUAGACUUCACAAUCUCGCAUGGACGCGAUGCCCAGUCAUGAUCAGCGUAAUGCCGCUGCAUGUAAUGACUGAUAAAGGAGCCUCCACGAGUAAGAAAGAAAUGCGAACAGUUGGAAGACAGAUCGGUAGAGAAGUUGCCAGCACCAUGCCAAAAUAGUACUUGGAAACCUCUGUUCAGCUAACAUCCGAUUUUCUUGUGAUUAUGCCGCUUGUUCCAUGUUGGUCUUUCACGUUGAUUUUGGUGCUUAAGAUGCUAAGCCUCUAUCCAACUAACCAGGCUUACAGUUUUAUUGUGGAGGCAUACCUGGUGAUAGUUAGGAUGGUCAUGUUGAUGCGCUUCACUCCGGCAUAUCCUGGGUUUAUGGACAUGUUUAAUUCAUUAGACAUUCACGUACUGCACAGGACUUUGUGUUUGUACUAGUACAGUACUAGUAGUAGUAGUAGUAGUAGUACAGCGUUCAUACACGUACACGUAGGUUCACAGCCAUAGUACACGUUGAGUUCCAGAUUGAAAUCAAAUAUGCUGAUCACCUUCUCCUAUUGCUGUUCAUUGUGGUGACGCCGUAGUGUGAUGUACUAUCAUCGCUAAGUAAGGGGUUCCUUUUCUUGAUUCAAGACCACUGGA